AUGCCGCGAGAGGUCGAGCCCUCGCUCAACGAGCGCCAAUUCAUUCGCGAUGCCCUGCUUGAAAGCAUUCGUCUUGACGGCCGUCAACUCGACCAAUACAGAAACCUAGAGCUUGAAUUCGGCGACGACUAUGGCGUUGCUGAUGUUCGAUUGGGCAAGACGAGGUGUGUCAUGAUAAGACAACAUAGAAAAGGAAAUGUCGCUAAUGUGUAUACNAGAGUGGUUGUACGUGUCUCUGCAGAAGUAACCACACCCUUCCCUGAUCGCAAGUUCGACGGCGUCUUCACCAUCUCAACCGAGCUGUCACCCAUGGCCUCUCCCGCCUUCGAAGUCGGCCGCCCCAAUGAUGCCGAAGUCGUACUCUCACGUCUGCUCGAAAAGUCAAUUCGUCGCUCCGGAGCCUUGGAUACCGAAUCCCUCUGCAUCAUCGCCGGCGCAAAGUGCUUUGCCGUUCGCGCAGACAUACACGUUCUAGAUCACGAUGGAGGCUUGAUCGAUGCCUGCUGUAUCGCCUUGGUCGCCGCUCUGCAACAUUUCCGCCGUCCCGAGGUCGAGGUGCAUGGAGAAGAAGUCACAGUCUUCGAUAUCCGCGAGCGCGAACCCGUCAAGCUUGCUAUGCAACACCAUCCCUUCUGUGUUUCUUUCUCCUUUUACCAUGGAGGCGAGACUGUCCUGCUAGACGCCAAUCUCGCAGAAGAAAGCGUUCGCGAUGGAGAGAUGAUUGUCAGUAUGAACCGCCACGGCGAGGUCUGCCAAAUCGCAAAGUAUGGAGGUGUACCUGUGGACCCUUUGACUACACUCAACUGCUCGAAUGUUGCGCUUGANAAGGUCAAGGUCCUGCAUCAAUUCGUUCAGUUAAAGUUGGAGCAGGACGAGAAGAAGAGGGAUAAGGGUGGUCUGAUGGCCGAGCUGAAUGCUGCAAACUCGAGAGAGCUUGCCAACAUCCCUGGCUGA